AUGUCCCCUGCUUCAGGCCCCGGGCCCCGCUGGUUACUCUUCUCCUUUGGACUGGGACUGGUGUCGGGGUCCAAGUGUCCAAAGAAUUGUCAGUGUCAAGCCCAGGAGGUGGUGUGCACGGGGUCACAGUUAACGGAGUUCCCCCUGGACAUGCCCCUGAGCACCCGCAGGCUGUACCUGAACAAUAACAACAUCACCUUCGUGCCAGCGUUGACCCUGGGGCUCCUCAGUGACCUCGUCUACUUGGACUUUCGGAACAACCAGAUCCGCGAGGUGAUGGACUACACCUUCAUCGGGGUCUUCAGACUCAUCUACCUGGACCUCAGCACCAACAACCUGACCUCCAUCUCCCCGUUCAGCUUCUCCCCGCUCAGCAACCUGGUGCAGCUGAACAUCUCCAACAACCCCCACCUGCUGUCUCUGAACAAGUACACCUUUGCCAACACCAGCUCUCUGAGGCACCUGGACCUCAGGAACACGGGCUUGCAGACCCUGGACCCCAGCGCCUUCCAAAACCUCCUGACACUCCAGACCCUGUACCUGAGUGGGAACCCCUGGAAAUGCAACUGCUCCUUCCUGGACUUCACCAUCUACUUAAUAGUGUCCCACCUGAGCCACCCAGAUGCGCCAAACGCCACGUGCAUGGAGCCCGCGGAGCUGGCCGGCUGGCCCGUGGAGCAGGUGGGGAACCCGCUGCGGUACAUGUGCGUCACGCACCUGGACAGCCAGGACUACGUCUUCCUGCUGCUCAUCGGCUUCUGCAUCUUCUCGGCGGGCACCGUGGCCGCCUGGCUCACGGGCAUGUGCGCCGUGAUCUACCAGAGCGCCCGGCGCAGGUCGAGCGAGGCGGAGGACGAGGACGAGCAAGGGCAGCGGGUGGAGGUCGGCAGGCGCAUUUUCCACAGUAAGUUGGACCCGGGCCAGGACGGCUUCCCGAAGCUGAUUUAG